AUGUCGACCUACACCCAAGGCCACAGCCCAGCCGUGGUGGCUUCGCACGCGGCACGCACGGUGGAAAACUCCGCCGCCUUCGUGCUCCCGCACCUGCGGCCGCACUUCACGGUGGUCGACCUGGGCUGCGGCCCCGGGACCAUCACGCGGGGAUUCUGCGCGCACGUGCCCGACGGGUCGGUGGUGGGGAUCGACGCGGCGGCCGCGGUGAUUGACCUCGCGCGCGCGGGCUCCUCCCCGGACGAAUACCCCAACCUGUCGUUCCGCGUGGGCGACAUCACGGCCCGGCUGCCCUGGGACGACGGGUCGGUCGACGUCGUCUACACCAGCCAGGUGCUGUACCACAUCCCGCACCCCGUGCGCGUGAUCCGCGAGGCCCGCCGGAUCCUCAAGCCCGGCGGCCUGCUGGCCAUGCGCGAGACCGACUCGCUGAUCUACCACCCGGCCAACCCGGGCACCGAGGCGUACCGGGCCACCAUGGCCAAGGCCGUCGCGCCGGGCGCCCAGGGCAUCGGGUCCGGCCGCCGCGUGCACCGCUGGGCCCAGGAGGCCGGGUUCGACCGGGCCACCAUGCAGGUGCGCGCCGGCGCCACGUGCCACCCGGCGCCCGACGAGUCGCGGUGGUGGGCGGGCGUCCAGGUCGGUCGGCUGCGCGGGGAGAUCGGCCACAAGUGGCUGCACGAGCUCCAGCUCGUCCAGAGCCAGGACGAGAUCGACGCCAUGGUCGCCGGCCUGACCGCCUGGGGGGACAGCCCGGAAGCCUGGUACGUCGCGCUCCAGGGGGAGGUCAUUUGCUGGAAAUGA